GGCCGGAACACCGGAAGUCGCGUGCUUCUCCGCAGCCACGAUGGAGGCCAGCGCCGGAGCUAAGCGGAGCCUGGAGGAUCCGGACGCGGAGCAGGAGCGGACGGACUCGGAAUCGGAGGAGGAGCCGGCGGCCGCGGGCCGUGGAGACUUCGCGGCGGGCUUCGCGUUCUCCGAGAAGGAAGCCGCGGCGGGAGCGGCCAGCGGGGCCUGGGCGGAGGCGCUGGGGCAGCUCAAGCGCAAGCGCUGCGCCACCAGCUUGGAUGAGAAGAUCGCGACGGUGAGGAGACAGCGCAGAGCUCAGGAGGCCGCGACCAAAGAAGGAGCAGCAAAGAGAGAUUGCGGAGAGACCACCCAGGAAAAUGAGGCAAAGACCGGGGAUAGCGAGGAGGAAGAGGAGCUACAGUCGGAGCUUUCCUCAGCAGAUGAGAGCGUCUUUGCAAAAGCUGAUACUCUAAAGCUGAAGCAGCGGUGGAAACAGAAGCACAGUGAAAAGGAGGAAGCCACACAGUUUUUUCAAGAAGACGCUUCACAGUAUGAUGAUAGUUUGUCCUUCCAAGACAUGAACCUCUCUCGACCCUUGUUGAAGGCCAUAACCGCCCUGGGCUUCAAGCAGCCCACCCCGAUCCAAAAGGCCUGCAUUCCUGUAGGACUGCUGGGAAAAGACCUGUGUGCAUGUGCAGCCACAGGAACAGGAAAGACUGCAGCGUUCAUCCUUCCUGUCCUGGAGCGUCUGAUCUACAAACCUCGGCAGGCCCCAGUCAGUCGGGUAUUAGUGCUGGUGCCAACCCGGGAGCUGGGCAUCCAGGUGCACUCUGUUACAAAGCAGCUGGCUCAGUACAGCAGCAUCACUGUGUGCCUGGCAGUGGGUGGCUUGGACCUCAAGACUCAGGAGGCAGCCCUGCGCUCCGGUCCCGACAUUCUCAUUGCCACUCCUGGCCGCCUCAUUGACCAUCUGCACAAUUGUCCCUCCUUCCAUCUGGGCAGCAUUGAGGUCCUCAUUCUGGAUGAAGCCGAUCGGAUGUUGGAUGAGUAUUUUGAGGAACAGAUGAAAGAGAUUAUUCGGAUGUGUGCUCGACAUCGCCAGACCAUGCUUUUUUCUGCAACCAUGACAGAUGAGGUCAAGGAUUUGGCUUCGGUUUCUUUGAAAAACCCUGUCCGGAUCUUUGUGAACAGCAACACAGAGGUGGCCCCCUUUCUGCGCCAGGAGUUCAUCCGCAUCCGGCCCAGCCGUGAGGGGGACAGGGAAGCCAUUGUGGCAGCUCUGCUCACUCGGACAUUCCCAGACCACGUGAUGCUCUUCACCCAGACCAAGAAGCAGGCCCACCGCCUGCAUAUCCUCCUUGGCCUGAUGGCUCUCCGUGUUGGGGAGCUGCACGGCAACCUUUCCCAGGCCCAGCGGUUGGAAGCUCUCCGGCAAUUCAAGGAUGAGCAGAUCGACGUGCUGGUGGCUACUGAUGUUGCCGCCCGAGGCCUUGAUAUCGAAGGCGUCAAAACAGUGAUCAACUUCACCAUGCCCAACACCACCAAGCACUAUGUCCACCGGGUGGGGCGCACAGCUCGGGCAGGGCGCGUGGGCCGCUCUGUGUCCUUAGUGGGAGAGGAAGAGCGCAAGAUGCUGAAGGAGAUCGUCAAGGCUGCCAAAGCCCCCGUGAAGGCCAGGAUUCUCCCCCAGGAUGUGAUUCUGCGCUUCCGGGAGAAGAUUGAGAAGCUGGAGCCAGAUGUGUAUGCUGUGCUACGCUUGGAGCGGGAAGAGCGGGAGCUGCAGUGCUCGGAAGCCCAGAUCAACACUGCCAAGCGGAAGUUGGACAGAGGUUCCCAGCAAGCAGCUGGAGGCACUCCCCGUAGCUGGUUCCAGAGCCAGGAGGAGAGGAAGAAGGAGAAGCUUGCCAAGGCUCUUCAAGAGUUUGACUUGGCGCUUCGAGGCAAGAAGAAGAGAACGAAGUUUGUGAGGGAUUCUCAGAAGAAGGUUCAGCCGACGCCAGAGGAACGUUCCCAGUUUGAGAUCUUGAAAGCCCAGAUGUAUGCCGAGCGGCUGUCCAAGAGGAACCGCCGGCCCAAGCGAGCCCGGGCCAUGCCGGAGGAAACGCCACUGGUAGACAUGAAGGCUGGGCCCAAGCAGCAGCGCAAGAAGACCACAUCGGUGUUUGACGUGGAGCUCACCAGCACAAACAAGAAAGCCCUCAAGCAGUAUCGAGCGGGGCCUUCCUUUGAAGACCGCAAGCGACUGGGCUUCCCAGAUAGAAGGAAAGGAGGAAAAUUUAAAACCAAGUCCAGGUACAGGCGGAAGUGAGCGCACCUCUACGCAGCAGCCCUUGUGUAAUUCUGGAUCCCAUCCUUCACAUUCACUCUCCCUGCAGCAGCCUAGCAGUUGGAAACAAGCAGUGGCUGCUUUAGGACUUGGCUGAAGGACUGGACCUUGGGAGGGAUGGCACUUGGGCCUCUCUCCUGCUUCUCUGAAACUUCUCAGGAAGACCUUGAGACCAAAUAAACCAACUGUGCUGUUGGCUCAUCUGCCUUGCUAUGGA